AUGAAAAAGAAUGAAUUCGGUCUUUUAGAAGAUUUAACAGAACCUGGAUUAAUAAAAAAAAGCAACGACGUAUCAUGGAAGAACGACCAAAUUUAUAAAUAAACAAAUUUUGAGAAAAAUACAACAUAUUUCCACAUAAUGGGUAAUUUAAUAAUCUUAAGAUUAUAAAAGGUCAUGA